UGGCCGGCGUUUGUAGUUUGAGAGAUAUUUCGUGACGUACCUUGGCGUUUUUUAGUCUUGAUUUGCUCGUGAACCCAUCAGCAACGAUAUUUGUAGCCAUAGAAGUGGCCAUGGCGUUUUCCUCUACUGGAUACGUUUCCCCCUAUGUGUUAUGCAAAGAGAAAUAUCGCCAGUAAUGUUUUAUCUUUGUCCAAGGCUGUUUUUCAUCACAUAGCAACAACACGAUCAACAAUUGUUGACAUUACGUAGCAUAGCAACGGCGAGAAUUCCCGAUAAACAUACGAAAGUCUCCGAGUUGAUGCGAAGAAUAAAUUAAAUAUGGCGGCGAAAAUAACAAGUAUUCGUACUUGUUGUGCUCUGUUGAAUUUUCGAUAUUGCACAAGAAACUUUGUUUCUUUUACCCACCGAGGAUUGCUUUCUAGCCCUUGUGUACAAGCAAAGGUAGAUUACAGUUUAUAAUAGUACUUAUUGUUUACAUUAUUAGAGUACAUUACUAAUAUUUUAUAUGAACACAUGAUAUCCGGCGCGCGAUACAAACUCUCCACACUGUUCUGCAGAUUAUUAUAUAUUGGGCCUUAUUGGCAGAUUGCAUUUAUUUUCCGCACGGGGGGGAGGGGGGUUGAUUGAGGACAUCUUUUUACCAGUUAAAUUCUGACCCCCUGGAAUUCAGUUUAUACACCCCUCCCUGGAAUUUCCAAGGAAUUCAUUGCUAGAUACCCCUGGAAUGGCUUUAAUCACAGACCAUCCCCUGGAUUUUGGUCUCUAAUCACCCAACCCUCUGGAUUUUCCAAGGCCUUUUUUACACCUCUUCCCUGGAUUUUCCAUUGUCCUCAAGCCCCCUGUGCAGAAAAUAAAUGCAAUCUGCCAUUAUAUAUUUUCAUCAUUAGAAUACUAAAUUUUGUAUAAUUUUUUCUUAAUGUUUAUCAUUACACUAAACAAUUUGUAAUAACAAUUUAUAUACAAUGCAAAUGAUUGGUUCUUUAAAAAGUUAUCAAUAGAGGUCUGAGUGUAUUAAAUCUAGCACAUGCUUUCAUGGGCGUACCAGGCGUAGGGGGUGGCAGCCCCCCCCCCAGUUUGUUGGGCAAACAAAGCCAGUCGGGCAAUAUUUGCUUCACAGUCGGGCAAUAUUGGCUUAUCAUAAAAAUAAAUGGGACAAAUUCUGUCAAUUUUGUGGCUAUCUAAUAGGAAUUUUUCGUAAUCACUCCCCCGUCAACAACAAUUCUGGAAAGUUUCAACGGAAAAUUUUUUUUGACAACGCAGGCACAAUCCGAAAAAGUCAGGAAAAUUUCUUUCCGCCCCCCUAAUUUUUUCCUUCCCGUAUGCCCAUGCAUGCUUUAUGCACUUGAUGGUAUGUCCCUAGACAAUCUCCACCCUUGCCAGAUUUGCAGGGACCCAUCCCUUUUUCAAGGGGCGAGGGGUACAUAUCACCCACAACAAAAAACCUACAGGGGUCCCACCCUGACAAAACCUGGCUAAUUUCUGUUGUUAUUUAAUCAUAUUUCUAGCCCAACCUGUACUUCUACCGCAGUGCAACCGGAGGUCAUUUACCUUCGUCUCAAGCAACUGACAAUACGAAGAAGCCACAAAUCACAAACAGUUUAAGCAUAAUUAAAAGUAUGUUACAUCAUGUGUGGCCAAAGGAUCGAAAUGAUUUAAAGAUUAGGGUUGUACUAGCAAUUUCAUUACUUGUUGGAUCUAAGGUAAAAUUCUCUUGAAUCUCAGUUUUGUGCAGGGAUGGUCGAUGUAAAACAUAAAAAGCUAUUUUUGAAUGUUUAGGUUUUGAAUGUACAAGUGCCAUUUUUAUUCAAAUAUGCAGUUGACCAUCUCAAUAAUGCUGCUCCAUUAAUGGACACUGUCGCCGGUAGUGCCAUGACGCUAACAACAGCUUUAUUGCUUGGAUGUAAGUUUGAUAUAUUGAUUAAUAAUGAGCUCAAUAGGCUGUUACCUCAUGCACCCAACAGUCCAAAGUGUUGGAUUAAUUAAGAAGACUAUCUGCCCAUGUAUGUCUCUUGUUAAGUCUCUUGUUAUUAAUUAAACAUUAAGUCACAAUAUGCCUUAAUCCAUUAAGUUAUAUUGCACUCUAAUGAGUCUUACUUUAUUAUUUUAUUCUGUCUAACAACAGAUUAUUUUACUCUGUCUAACUACUACAGUAUUACAUGGUAUUGCAAUCACACUAAAUAUGCUACUCAGGGAAUUCCUCUGGGGAGUUGAAGAAAUGAUACAUAUAGUAAAUAUAGGUUGAAAUAUAUUUAGACGGUGCUGCAAGAGCUGGUGCAUCCCUUUUUAAUGAAUUGAGAAAUGCUGUGUUUGCUAAAGUAGCACAAAGCUCAAUCAGAACUGUUGCAAAGAGAACAUUCUUGCAUUUACAUAACCUUGAUCUCAGUUUUCAUCUCUCGAGGCAAACUGGUUAUCUCUCAAGAGCAAUUGACAGAGGAACAAGGUACGAUUACAAAAAAUUAUUUUAACACAUCUUAUGUUACUUUGUGUGUAACUUAAUGUGUUCUGUUUAAGCCAUGAUUAAGUUUCGGAUUCCAUUUAUAGUCAUGAUGUGAAUAUAUCAAGUUGGUGAAUGGAUAUAGAAUAUUAAUUACCUCUAAAUUGAGAAAACACUGAUUUGUUUACAGCACAACAAAAUAAUUUAGAAUGAUGCAGAUUAUUUCAAAUCUUCAAAUCUUCUGACAAACACACCAGGCUUCAUGUGUCUGCAUUUGUAAAUAUCUUUAUAAAAAUUUCACUUCACAAGCUUUUUUUGUCAACUUUUUCCAAAUUAGAGGUAUCAACUUUAUGCUGACUGCAUUGAUUUUCAAUAUAUUUCCAACGUUAUUAGAAGUUUCAUUGGUCACAGGAAUUUUGGUAAGUUAAGACACUGGGAGUGCCAGUACCCAUCCAAGUGUACCCAUCUUGCAAGGAUAUUAUUAUAUUCCUAAUUCUAGACUAAGUACAAUCUUACUUGUUUACUGUUAGUUGUAAUUUAUUUAACAUUUUUGAAACUUGUGUAUUGUGUCAGUAAAACUUCCUAGCUUUGUGGAAAAUGUAUGUCAUUUGCUGAUUUAACCAGUUCUUGUUUCAAUCCUACAGGCGUAUAAAUGUGGUAAAGAAUUUGCCAUGAUAACAUUAACAUGUAUCGCUGGUUAUACGCUCUUCACAUUUGGUAUUACUCAAUGGCGGACAAAAUUUCGUGUCGAAAUGAACAAGGCAGAUAAUGAAGCAGGAUCAUUAGCAAUUGACUCCCUACUCAACUACGAAACUGUUAAGGUAUAUUUAGAUAUAAGGCUCGACCUUUUCAUUAGCUAAGAACGUUUUCUGCUUGCGUGCGAGUGUUUUCUGCUUGCGUGAGAACGAUUUUGCUACGUGAGGACGCUUUUGAUAAUAGGUAAAAACAAUUUUUUAUUGCACGAGAACGAUUUUGCGAGAAUGUGAGAAUGCUAUUUUUGGUGCCUUAGAUUUAGAUGCUUUUUGUUUGCGCGAGAACGUGUUUACGUGAGAACAUGUUUACGUGAGAACGUUUUUCGUUUACAGGAAAAUGCUUUUCAUUUGCGUGAGCGCGCAGUUCGUUUUUGACGUGAAUUUCUUUCCCCCACCGUCUCAUUUUAUUUCUUUCUAGUAUUUCAACAACGAGCAAUACGAAGCAAAAAGAUACGACGCAUUAUUACAAAAUUACGAAAAAGCAUCGUUGAAAACUAGCACAAGUUUAUCCAUGUUAAAUUUUGGUCAGAACGCCAUAUUUACUACUUCUCUCGUUGCUGUCAUGUUGUGUGCAAGCACUCAAAUUACCGCAGGUAGGUUCUCAGUAGUUAAUGGAUGAUCCCAGCUAUAUCCUAAAUUUUGAUCAAGGCAAGAAGAACGAAAUACAACACCACAGAUAGAAAGAGCGUCUUAGAAUGAGUAAAACUGCAAAGUUUGUUUGCGAAAUGUUGUAGAAUGAAGAAAAUAUAGCCUUGUGAAGUUCGCCAAUUUUGUAUAUAUUUGUAUUAAACGCGGUAAAAAUAACCACUUUCGGCUUCAAAAAUGGUCAUUUUUCCCGCGCGUAAUGCAAAUAUAUACAAAAUUUGCGAACUUCACAGGGCUAUAUUUUCCUUAUUUUACAACAUUUCGCAACCAAACUUUGUAAUUUUACUCAUUUUAAGAUGCUCUUUCCAGUUAUGGUAAUGGACACUGCAGAAAAUUGCAGAAAAUGAGAAAUUUCUUGUUGUCUUUAUAGGAACAAUGACAGUUGGAGAUCUAGUGAUGGUCAAUGGUCUUUUAUUUCAACUUUCAUUGCCUUUGAAUUUUCUUGGCACUGUUUAUCGCGAGAUACGUCAGUCGCUGAUUGACAUGCAGGCAUUGUUUGACCUGCGCAGUGUUAGAUCACAAGUAACGGUAUGUCUGCCUAGUUGUUACAGUAAUUCUAAAGCCCUAAAAUAUCUCACUGAUCAAGCAUGUCAUUCUACUUUUGCGUAUAAUUUUCCAACAUAUUAAACAACUGUUUUUUAUGUUAUGUAUAUACAAAGAGAACACUUCAUAACAUAUUGAUGUAGGGAGACCUGAUAUUAAAAUUGGCGACCAUGCAGAUCGUAUUUACGGGUAGCGACCUGAGCGACUUAUAUUCUUUUAAAUUUCAACCCUUGGUUACAUUAUAACCCCUUGUUGAUAUCUCAAAUCUUGCGUUAGAAGACAGCUUAUCUGAAUGAACUUGGUAAAAUUUUACAUCCAAAUCAUCUUACCAUUUUGAUAUUGACAGGAGAAGCCAGAUGCAUUUCCUCUCAUCCUGAAUCCAGGAGAUACCAGUGCUCACGUGAGAUUUGAAGAUGUUCACUUCGGUUAUGUUGAAGGUCAGAGGAUCUUGGAUGGGUUAAGUUUCGAUGUUCCCUCUGGAAAGAAAAUUGCGAUCGUUGGUGGCAGUGGCUCAGGGUAAAUGCAAUAUUAAUCCGCUUUUCCACUAGGUCUAGGGAACUCAGAUUUUGCUGACGUGAUAAGUGAUUAAUAAUAGAAAAUCGGCUUAGUUUUCAUUUGGUAGCGAAAUGCAAAUUUUCUACGCACUUCAAGGGGAAUAUCUCCUGCUUGAUUUCUAAUUUCUUGUGUUAUUUGCAGCAAAUCAACAGUGAUUCGUUUGCUAAAUCGUUUCUUUGAUCCGUCCGACGGACGAAUAUUGGUAGCUGGACAUGAUACCCGGGACCUGUCAUUGGACAGUCUACGUCAGGCAUUGGGCAUUGUUCCACAGGUAACCGUAUAUUUCGAGAAUUAUGCUAACUACCGUUACACCAAAAUAAACUGAAUACUGGCUAGCUAUAUCUCUUCUAAAUUGUUCAUCGUGAAGUUCGAGACAUGCUGAAUGGACCUAUUCCCUAAUGAACAAAAUUUUGAUCUAGACAAGUCUAGACAAAAAUUUUAUCACAGCUUGAAAGAGCAUCACAAAAUUAGUAAUAUUCCGAAGUAUCGUUGCGAAAUGUUGUAAAAUGCGGAUAAUAUAGCCCUGCGAAGUUUGCCGUUUUUCAGUCAUUUUGUAUCACGCACGGGAAAUUGAUACCUUUUUUCAGAAAGCGAUAUUAAUUUCCCGUGCGUAAUACAAAAUGACUGAAAAACGGCAAACUUCGCAGGGCUAUAUUAUCCGCAUUUUACAACAUUUCGCAACGAAACUUCGGAAUAUUACUAAUUUUGUGUAGACUUGUCUAGAUCAAAAUUUUGUUCAUUAGGAAUAGGUCCAUUGGUCCAGUGAUACAGUGUACAGUCUUUCAGAAGUAUUCGGAGGAAACUUGCAGUGUUUGGUACUAAGAACUCUUGUAAUACGCGACUGAAAUUAUAACCAAAUAACUGCAUAUUGAAGAAAUCAAAGGCUAGUCACAGAGGCGACAAGACACUAAACAGUUUAGGUUUUUUUCCGGAUUUUCUCUUGGGCAGCGGCGGCGGAACAGAUUUCGUUCUGGGGGGGCUAAAUUUUUGCGGCGACCUCCCCCCUCCGUCGCCAAAAAAAUUUCGGUCAGUGUACCACUUUAGGGGUACAAUAUACAAAAAAAAGGGACGAAAAAAAUUUUUUCGGACUUAUCAAAAAAUUUUUUCGGAAAUACUCUUUUUUUAAACAAAAUAUUGCAAAUUUGUCCCCUUAUACCUAAAUUUUCAAAAAAUAACCUAAAUUUUUCCUCAAAUUUUCUGGGGGGGCUAAGCCCCCCCACUUUUAAUUCUGGGGGGGGCUUUAGCCCCCCUAGCCCCCCCUGUUCCGCCGCCCCUGCUCUUGGGUCCGUUUUUGCAGAGAAGAUUGAGUUUAGCUGAACAGCUGGGGUGGCUGCACCCCCCCCCUACCGGGGGGCUGACACCUGUACUCAAUAAAUGUAGUUGAGACGGAAUGUGUUAAAGCAGGGGCACUAAGGGACACUAUAAACUGGUUAAAGAUGGCGAAUGCAUAGUUUUUCUUGUGUUGUGAGAUGAAUUCCAGCCAUUUUUUCUUAAUUGUCGGGUUUCCAACUGAAAACUAAUUUCCACACGUCACGAAUAUAACUGAAACAACUUCAUUUUUACUGCACUGAAACUUUGAUGAGAAGACUGAGUUUCAAAACUCAAUUCAAGAUUGAGUUUUUGAGGCCGUUUAACAGCCCUAAAAAAUCCCUGAAAAAAGCCUGUAAACACUAUUCCUCCAACAACCAAUCAAGGCCGAUUUACACAACACAACACCUGUCGCAUGCAACCAAUGCAACUUGCUUAAAACCUGAGUUGUACUGUGUAAAUCAGACACACAACUCAUCUAUGACAACGUAGUUGAGUUGUGUACUUGAUUUACACAGUACAACUCAAGUUUGAAGCAGGUUGCAUCAUUGCGACAGUUUUAGGCAAAAGUUAUGUAGUGUCAAUCUACCUUUAUAAAAAUUUAACACCGCCAUAUUUGUCACUCUUCCCAGGACUCUGUAUUAUUCCACAACACGGCCUUCUACAACAUCAACUACGGACGAAUUGAUGCUACCGCUGAAGAAGUUUACGAAGCUGCGAGGUUGGCGGACAUUCACGACCAAAUCCGACGAUGGCCCGAUGGUUACGACACGCAGGUUGGCGAGAGAGGUCUGAAGUUAUCCGGAGGGGAGAAACAACGUAUUGCUAUCGCUAGAGCCAUAUUAAAGAAACCACCAAUACUACUUUACGAUGAAGCUACGUCGUCUUUGGAUUCAAUAACUGAAAUGGUUUGUAAAUAUUUGUAUUUCUAAGGUUUUCUAAAUCAUUUGUCUUAGUGGAAACACAAGACGAGCUAUCCAGACAAACAAGUUAGAACUUAGAAAAGCGAGGUAUUUUACUAAAUCCCUUCAACAAUAGGCGGAUUCCCAUUAUAGACUAAUUUUUUAUCUUGGCAAAAAAAUAUAUUCCCGGAAAGAGCAUACUAAAAUGAGUAAAAUUGGAAAGUUUGGUUGCGAAAUGUUGUAAAAUGCGGAAAAUAUAGCCUUGCAAAAAUCCCAAAUUUUGUAUACUUUUGUAUUGCGUGCAGAAAUUCCUACCACAUUUGGGCUGAAAAUGGCAGCAAUUUCCACACGCAAUACAAAAGCAUACAAAAUUUGCAAACUUGGCUUUGCAAUUUUCCGGCUGCAUUUUACAACAUUUCGCAACCAAACUUUGCAAUAUUACUCAUUUUAGUCCGCGCUUUCUAGCUGUGGUAGGCUAUUUGUUUUCAUCUCCUUGCUUAGUUUUAAAAUUAGUCUAUAAUGGGAAUUGUCUAUUAGUUGUAUCGAGUGAGAUUGCUCAAAGUCCCGAUACUUAUCCAUACACCGUACAUUUAUACAUGAACUUGUGGUUAGAGCUCGUUGGUUAGAGAGCUGUAUCAGAAUCGCAGGACCGAAUCGAUUCCUGCCAGAAGGCCUAUAAUAGCUUUUUUGUUCCUGGUUAGGUCUAGUAAAUGUAUAAACAAAAUCCACUCCUAAAAUCCUGAUGUGGGUGUUCUCACUGUUCUGUUGAAAACAUUAAGAGGCAAUAUGUUUCAAUGUCACGUAUUUGCAAUGACAUUUUUUACGUGACAUUGAAAAAAAAUCUCCUCCUAAUCUAUUUUCUUUCUUUAGAACAUACUACGAGCAUUGCAUCGUUUCACAAAGGACCGAACAUCAAUAGUCAUUGCACAUCGAUUGUCGACAGUGCUGGACGCUGACGAGAUCUUGGUGCUGGAAAGCGGGCGCGUCAAGGAACGUGGUCGUCAUGACGACCUACUUAAGGACACUUCCGGUCUCUAUGCGUACCUCUGGAAUAAACAAUCGCAGGGAUACUCUAGAACUGAGGGGGAUAGGACUUCAGAGACAGAGUAGAAUAGUUGGCUAUAUGUGAACAUGUAGUCGGGCUAACACCCUAAAAACGCCUGUGCGCAGACUGGAAUCAAGAAUUAGUGUAAUAAGUCAAAUGAGGAUGACACUUGAUGGCAGUCAAUUAGCUUUUCUCACGCCGCGAUUUUUGGGGUACUGCCUUUUCCAAAUCUGAGAUUGUACGCAGUGAAUAAGGGAUUUGUAUAACUAUAAUUGUGAGUGUAAUCAUUAUAAGUACUAGAUAAAACAUGAGCAGCCGAUCUGUAUCUGAUCUUAUGAGUUCAUUGGCGAAGGAAUUUUAAAAAUAAACAUUGUCUAAGCCGAGAAAAUCGAAGCUGAAGUUUAUGUAAAUCAGGA